AUGCCUGAAUGGAAUGUUGUAUGUUCAGUUGUAGAAACAUUAUUACAGUCACUAUUUGAAUGUUUAUAUAAUCAAACAUGUAUUGAUUUAUUAUUAUAUUAUGUCACAACUGUUACACCUCGAUAUUCUCAUAGAAUGAAUAUAUCAGCUAUUAAUUCUUCAAUUGUAAGUCGUUUUAAAAGAAAUACAUUUAUUCAAAUUAUAGCAGAUGAAUUAUUUAUUGAAGAAUGGAAAAUCAAUAGGUCUUAUUCAUUAUUUCAUAGUCAAUGA